CGAAUCCAUAUUUUAUACACGUUCUCUUCUUUAUGCCUAAAAAGUUACCUAAAUUCCGAGAACCGCCGCUGCAUGAAGGCUACAUCGACAUUUAAGCUGCACAGUGGAAUUCCCAUGUAGAACGAACCUCCGCAAAAAAACCCGCAACUGAAAAAGAACCAUAUAUAAGCAAAAUAAUGAGCAAAAGACCACCACCGGAUCCUGUGGCAGUGCUUCGAGGUCAUCGCGCUUCAGUCACCGAUAUUGCCUUUCAUCCCUUUAAACCUAUAUUAUUCUCCGGUUCUGCUGAUGGUGAAUUGCGGAUUUGGGAUACUUUUCGGCGUCAAACAGUUUCGUCAGCGUGGUUACAUAGUGCCGCACAUGGCAUUGUUGCUCUUGCAAGUAGUUCUUCACUUGGGACCAAUAAAUUUGUCAGCCAGGGUAGGGAUGGAACUGUGAAAGUUUGGGAUUUUGAUGAUGCUGGCUUGUCCAGGAUUCCAUCACUCACAAUCAAGACAAACAGUUACCACUUUUGUAAGUUUUCGCUGGCUAAGAAUCAUUAUACAGAAGGGAAAGCUUCAAAAGAAUGCCUUGAAACAGAAGAGGCUUAUACUAAUCAAAGUUGUUCUGAAAGUUCUGAAGGGCUAUCGUAUGUGGCUUUCUCGGGAGAGAACUCUUCUGAGGUUGAAGUUUGGGAUCUCAAGUCAGCUGAAAGAUUUGUGCGAUUCCCUUCAAACAUUGGUAGUAACUCUUCAACUAUUAGCAGCAAAGGGAUGUGCAUGGCACUUCAAUUGUUUGUACCAUCUGAAUCGCAGGGAUUUUUAAAUGUCAUGGCUGGAUAUGAAGAUGGUUCCAUGCUAUGGUGGGAUGUACGGAAUCCUGGAGUUCCAAUAAGUUCAGUGAAAUUCCAUUCUGAGCCAGUUCUGAGCAUCUGUGUUGACGGGUCUUGCAAAGGGGGCAUCUCGGGAGCUGCAGAUGAGAGGAUUGUGAUGUACAGCUUUGAUCAUUCUUUGGGUACAUGUGUGGUCAAUAAAGAAAUUAAACUAGAGCGACCUGGCAUCUCAGGCACCUCAAUCCGGCCUGAUGGCAAAAUUGCUGCAACUGCUGGCUGGGACCACAGAGUACGGAUAUAUAACUAUCGCAAAGGAAAUGCUUUAGCUGUACUAAAGUAUCAUCAUGCCACGUGCAAUGCUGUAACUUUUUCGUCUGAUUGUAAGCUUAUGGCCUCUGCAUCGGCAGACACAACUGUGGCGCUAUGGGAAUUGUAUCCUCCUCGAACAUGAAAUAGAUUUUAGAUUUAUGGUGUGUUUGUGAAAGCUUAUUUACAACUUAUUUGAAAGCUUUUUAUAAUAACUUUUUAUAAUUAAAGUAAAUUUUGUCAUGUUUAUAAAUUAUUUUCAACUUAUUUCAUAAGUUAUCAUAAAUAACUUGUAACUUAAAAUAA